AUGGCUAGUAGAACUCAAUUUGAAAACUCUAAUGAAGUUGGUGUUUUCUCAAAAUUAACAAAUUCUUAUUGUUUAGUUGCUGUUGGUGGUUCAGAAAAUUUUUAUUCUGCUUUUGAAGCUGAAUUAGGUGAUGUUAUACCUAUUGUUCAUACCACAAUUGCUGGUACCCGUAUUGUUGGUAGAAUGACUGCUGGUAAUAGAAGAGGUUUAUUAGUUCCAACUCAAACAACAGAUCAAGAAUUAAUGCAUUUAAGAAAUAGUUUACCAGAUUCUGUUAAAAUUCAAAGAGUUGAAGAAAGAUUAUCCGCUUUAGGUAAUGUUAUUUGUUGUAAUGAUUAUGUUGCUUUAGUUCAUCCAGAUAUUGAACGUGAAACUGAAGAAUUAAUUGCUGAUGUUUUAGGUGUUGAAGUUUUUAGACAAACUAUUGCAGGUAAUGUUUUAGUUGGUUCUUAUUGUUCUUUAUCAAAUCAAGGUGGUAUUGUUCAUCCUCAAACUUCUAUUCCAGAUCAAGAAGAAUUAUCUUCUUUAUUACAAGUCCCAUUAGUUGCAGGUACUGUUAAUCGUGGUUCUGCUGUUGUUGGUGCUGGUAUGGUUGUUAAUGAUUGGUUAUCCGUUACUGGUUUAGAUACUACUGCUCCAGAAUUAAGUGUUAUUGAAAGUAUAUUUAGAUUACAAGAUGCUCAACCAGAAACUAUUUCUGGUAACUUACGUGAUACUCUUAUUGAAACUUAUUCAUAA